AUGGCGCCGCCGCACACUCGGGUAGUCAUUAUUGGCUCUGGACCCGCCGCUCACACCGCCGCCAUCUACCUCUCCCGCGCCGAACUAAAGCCCGUCCUAUAUGAGGGUAUGCUGGCGGGAGGGACUGCUGCGGGCGGCCAGCUCACGACCACGACAGAUGUUGAAAACUACCCUGGCUUUCCGCAAGGUAUUGGCGGACCAGAGCUCAUGGACAGCAUGCGUGCACAGUCUGAGCGCUUCGGCACCGAAAUCAUCACCGAGACCAUUUCCAAGCUAGACCUCAAGAGCCGGCCGUUCAAGCUAUGGCGCGAAUAUGACGACAACGAAGGUGACGAGCCUGCGCACACGGCAGAUGCCGUAAUCGUUGCAACGGGUGCGAAUGCAAGGAGAUUAGGUUUGGCGGGGGAAGACAAGUACUGGCAAAAUGGUAUUUCAGCAUGUGCCGUAUGUGACGGAGCUGUGCCUAUAUUUCGAAACAAGCCUCUGGUCGUGAUAGGAGGCGGAGACUCUGCUGCAGAGGAAGCUAUGUUCUUGACAAAGUACGGGUCACACGUGACGGUACUGGUGCGCAAGGACAAGCUACGCGCCAGCAAGACAAUGGCCAAGCGGUUAUUGGCGCAUCAGAAGGUGACGGUCAAGUUCAACACCGAGGCGACCGAAGUCACCGGCGAGGACAAGCCGCGUGGUCUGAUGACCGGCCUAAAGCUCAUUAACAACCAGACCAAGGAGGAGGAGACACUCGAAGCCAACGGGCUCUUCUAUGCUGUUGGCCACGACCCAGCCACGAAUCUGGUGCGAGAACAACUCGACUGCGACGAGGACGGCUACGUCCUCACAAAGCCUGGCACCAGUUAUACAUCCAUUCCUGGCGUUUUUGCGGCAGGUGAUGUUCAGGACAAGCGGUAUCGGCAGGCAAUCACCAGCGCGGGAUCGGGCUGUAUCGCAGCGCUAGAGGCAGAGAAAUACCUCGCUGAUCUGGAGGACGUCGAGAAUCCGCUGGAAAAUGAGAACGAGGCGAAGAAGGCCGAAAAUGGCGAUGAAAAGAAGGGCUUGGAGUAUCGGAGCAAUCCAUUAUUGUGA